CCGGCCCCGGUUCGGCCCCGAGCAGGCCCCGGCCCCGGCGCCGGCCCCGACCCGGCCAUGAAGUUCCUGUACAAGGAGGAGCACCCGUUCGAGAAGCGCCGCUGCGAGGGCGAGAAGAUCCGCAAGAAGUACCCGGACCGAGUCCCGGUGAUCGUGGAAAAGGCGCCCAAGGCCCGAAUUGGGGACCUGGACAAGAAGAAAUACCUGGUGCCCUCGGACCUCACAGUGGGGCAGUUUUAUUUCCUGAUCAGGAAGAGGAUCCACCUGAGGGCCGAGGACGCCCUGUUCUUCUUCGUCAACAACGUCAUCCCCCCGACCAGCGCCACGAUGGGGCAGCUCUACCAGGAACACCACGAGGAGGAUUUCUUCCUGUACAUCGCCUACAGCGACGAGAGCGUCUACGGAGCCUGACGCCCCCUCCCCAAACCCCCCCAGAAACCCCUCCC